GUCCAAAUCGCUGGGCAGAUCCCUCGCCGCUAAACAGUCCUUGACCCGCCGAGAGAGUCCGCGGAUGAAUACGUCACCCAAUGCGGUGGCGUCCCAGCCGGCCUCCGCCGCUAGCGUACGGAACUCGAUCGCGUAUUUCGCCGUCGGUCUCCCGCCCUGACGGAUGUUCACCAGCCGCUGAGCCGCCUCGCGUCCCGGGGUGACUUCCUGGAAGAUCUGUUUCAGCGCUGUAGCGAAAGCAGCGAAUGUGCACACGCAGGGAGAGCCGUUUUGCCACUCCGCUGUCGCCCAUGCUUCCGCGUCCCCUCAGAUGUGAAAUAGCGUACGCCACUCGAGCUCGUUCCGAUGGGAACGCGGGUGAAUGUAACUCAAAGUGAAUCUCACACUGCGUGAGAAAUGCUCGACAGUCUCCUGACUCACCCAAGAACCGUAUCGGGGCGCCCAGCCUGGCGUCCGGAGCGACGGCCAAGGGAACCGCUGCGGCCAAGGGUGCAGUCGCGGCAGCGGCGCUCGGAGUCAGCCUCGUCUCUCCCGCCGAGCUCUGAGUCAGGCGAUUCAUCGCCUCAGUCAAUCCUGCCAUCGCCGUCUCCUGUCGAAGGACACACUCGGCCAAUCUCUGGAGAGCGGCGUUGGUUUUCUCCUCCUGUUCUGCUGCUCGUUGCUCCUGAGCCAUGAGCUGUGCUCGGAAGCUCUCUGCACCGGCGGAGUCCAUUUCUGGCCAGAUUGUUCUGUCAGACUUGGGCAGGUGUCGGACCCACAUGCACGGCGCAGAAGCACGAUGGUGAUUAGACACAGGUUUAUUAGACAAAGCAGGGUCAGACGAUCCAGGUCAUACACAAGGCGUUCAAUGAAGUAGUACACAAGGGAGCAGGCAAUCUCUGAUCCAAUGUCCAGGCAGGGUUCGGUACACAAACAGGCUCGGCAAAAGUACAGGCAAGGAUAAGACAAACUCACGGUCAGAUUAUCAGGCACGGUUCUCUCACAGGCAGCGGGAUACACAGGGUUCAGGCAAGAAGCAAGGGUCAAGGCGAUCAGGGUCAAAACACGAGUAGCUAAACAAGAGAUGCUGGAAAGAGUACGGAAACUAACAAUCUGGCAACUGGAGUCUGUGAGAGGUGGAGGCUAUAUACAGGUACUGAUUACUGAUGGGUAACAGGUGUGGAUACUGGGAACCGGAGAGUGACAGGAAGUUAACAAAAUAAAACAGGAUGUGACAGAUGGCGUGAAACAUGACAAAGACCUUACACAACUAAACCUAACAAAUCUCACAUACAGCAAGCUUUUAGUUACAGGUUGACAGUGGAGAGGAAAAACUCCCUCUCUAACGAGGAAGAAACCUCCAGCAGAACCAGGCUGGAUGUGGGCGACCAUCUGCCUUGACUGAUUGGGCUGAGGGGAGAGGGAGAGAAAAGCAAAGCAACAACAACAAGCAACAGCAGAACGCAGACAGGAUGGUUGGACCAGAGACUGAACACAGACAGGAUGGUCGGACCAGAGACUGGACACAGGCAGGAUGGUCGGACCAGGGAAUGGACACAGGCAGGACGGUUGGACCUGCAGCUGCUCUGAUAUCUGUUGUGUGGUCAUGGCUGAUGUGGGCUGAGCCUGGAUUUCAGGCUGCUGGACGUGGGUCAUCAUGAAGUUUCCCUGCUCUCUCUGCUGCUCCCUGUGGUUCCUGCUGCUGAUUGGAGUCGGAUCCCUGCUGCUGCUCGCUUGCCUUCAGAACCUCACAGAGAUGCUCCUGCAGCAGACACCAGGUGCUAAUGUGCUGGUGGCUCCCAGGUGGCCUCUGGACAAGGAGCCGGUGACAGACAGCCCCAUCCUGUUCAUGAUUGCUCACCCUCUAGUCGGCUCCAGCCGUCUGUUCACUAAACGCCAGCGGAAGCUGCUGCUGAGGAGCAGCUUGGCCCCUGGGACCGAGGUGGAGCGGCGGGUGGAGCAGCGGGUGGAGCUAAGGAGGACGCAAGCGACCCGCCUGCACCUGCUUAGAGAGGUCUGUGCCAAAUACCAGGCAGGCUCCUCGGAGCAGCCCUUGUCUCAGCAGCAGGUGUCGCGGGUUUACGUGGAGGAUAGGUUUGGCCUUCUGUACUGUGAGGUUCCUAAAGCCGGCUGCUCCAACUGGAAGCGAGUACUGAUGGUGUUGGGCGGCAGCGCCACGUCCACACAAGAUAUUCCUCAUGACGCAGCACAUUACACUAAUCACCUGCGGCGCUUGGACAGUUACGACCGUGCCGGCAUCACCAAGAGGCUCCGCUCCUAUAGCAAGGUUCUGUUUGUCAGGGAGCCGUUUGAGCGCCUGGUGUCGGCCUUUCGGGACAAGUUUGAGAGUCCAAACUCGUACUACCACCCGGUGUUCGGACGCCCCAUCAUCUCCAAGUACCGUGUGAAUGCCACACGGCGUGCGCUGCGCACUGGCACUGGCGUAACCUUCAGGGAGUUCGUCCAGUACUUGCUAGACGUGCAUCGGCCCGUGGGCAUGGACAUCCACUGGCAGCCGGUCAGCCAGCUGUGCAACCCCUGCCUCUUCCGUUACAACUUCAUCGGAAAGUUUGAGAACCUGGAGGAAGAGGCCAACUUCUUACUCCAGAGAAUCAGGGCUCCUACAAACCUCACCUUCCCUCGUUUCAAGGACAGGAACCCACUGGCGGAACGAACUUCCUCCUCCAUCACCCAGAUGUAUUUCUCCCAGCUGAACUCCACAGAGAGGCAGAAGGCCUUUGACUUUUACUACAUGGACUACCAGAUGUUUAACUACCCAAAACCCUUUAAAGAGCUGCACUGAGGGUCUCAGUGCCAGAGGGAGGCGCUGGGAACCUGACGUACAGAACCUUACAGCUGUUGUUCCCCUUCCUUCAUUCCCUGGUCACUUUAUUAUGAACAUGUAGCUCAAACCGUGAGAGCAGGUGUCUCUAACAAACUGACCCCAGGUGACAAGAGGCAUCUGUGCCUCGAUCUCACUGCCUUUCCUCAUUGUUCUGACUUCCAAUGGCUUCUGUGAAGUUUCUACUGAACCACUCUGUCGCUGUAAAGGCUUUUUAGUCAUAUUUGUGUAGGCCCACGGCACCACAGACUGGACCCACCUGUAUUGUGCUGCUGUCUGACAGGUGUGUGGCGGACAGAGGUUCAGACAGGCUAAUGAAUAAUAUUGUGUUGUCAGUAGUGUUGUGUUUGUCAGAUCAGACACACCACUCUCAGUUUUAACACUGCCCUUUCCCAUGAUGCAUCACAGGAGCUGACUAAUAAAUGUGGUAGCUUGUUAAUGUGUGCAUCUGCAGGUUCCUGUGGCCACUUUAUUAGGAACAGCUGUCGCUGGCCGUGGAUGAUCAGCAGGCCUGUGUCUACAGGACUGGAUCUACUUUCAUUUGUGUUUCAGUGCCUCACGUUUGUCUUUUUAUGAAUCAUUUACCAAAUAAGGUGUUAAGAAAUGGAGCCAGGUCCAGAGGACUGUUGCACAAAAGUAGCAUUAAUAAAGCCGGGAUAAAAGAGG